AUGUUGCAGUUUAUUGACGGCCGUCUGGCCAAGCUGAACGCGGGAAGAGGCUUCACUGACCUGUUCGAGGAGGAGAUCACUGAGGAGGUUUCUGUGGAAAGAGGCGGAGCGCUGAUCAACACUGCGGUGACCAAGGCCAAGAGUCAUGCCAAGAGGGGCAUUCGCAGGCUUAAACAAAGGGAAGAGGAGGAGGGUAGACCAAUCUGUUCAGGGUCUCCCACCAGCACCAAGAGUCUUUCGCCACGGAGAAUGGAGAAGAAGAGACAGCAUUAUGACACCAAGUGUCCCAUGGGAUGUCCUGACUUUGCCAUCGAUGGCGAUGAAGAGGACACUGCCAACAAGAUCUCGUCAGAGGACAGUGGGGAGGUGGCGUCUUACACGGAGGACAGCGACGAAUCCUAUUCGCUGGAGCUGGACACAGACUCCUCCCACACGGGCCAGAUGAACCUAUUGGAGGAGAUCCUGGACUCUCUGAGCACCACCAGCACAGAGCACGGCAAACUGAGCGCCGCCAAGAGCCUGGACUUCAGUUCAAUGGACAACAUCAACUACAAGGCAACGAACACCUCCAACCCCAUCAGUGUGAGCAACCUGCCCCAGGUGUGUACUAGUGGCAGUGGGGUGGUGGGGAGAGGAGGUGUUGGAGGAAGAGAACAGGGAGGGGGCUGGCAGGAUGAUGGUGCCCUCCACGGGAAGCACCUGCCCCCCUCCCCACAUAGACAGCCCAGCAAGACCAGCCUCAAGAGGCAGAAGCAUAUCCUCUCAACAUCCUCUCCACCCAUCCUAGCUCCAGCCUCAGAGCUGGACAACCAGGUCCCCAAUCUCCAGUCCAAGACCCAGGCCCCUCAGACCAAGGCCCAGGCCCCUCAGACCAAGGCCCAGGCCCCUCAGACCAAGGCCCAGCAUGAAAUCCAACCUAAUCCCCGGGCCCUUUAUGACACACCCGCUAUCUGUCUCUCUCAGCUCUGUCCAGAGGAGUCUUCACUCCCCACACCUCCAUCACCAUCCCUGGGAGACCACCACAUCUCAUCCAACCGGUCUCCAGCACCAACUCGUGCCUCCACAUGCAAUCCUCCACUGGCAACACACACACCACCGCUAACCCACACUAGAGAGUCCCCAAACCCCCAGUUGCUCAGCCCUGAGUCCAAACCCCAGACCACCUCCAGCAUCCUGCGGAGGAAGGUGCUGUCCAAGGAAACGAUGAGGCAGUACCAGGACAAGAGUCUCCAGAGGCAGGGCAGCAAGAACCGAGAGAGUCUGGGGGUGAAGGCCAGGCAGCCUUCAGUGCUGGUGCCCUGGGAGAGAGAGAGCCCAGAGGAGAUGGGUCAGGGAGAGGAGCCGGGGCAAGAACAGGACAGGGUCUCAGGGGCAGAGGUCCAGGAGAAAGGACUUCUGGAGGAGAUAGAUUCCAUGUGUCAUCUCGGCUCAGACUUUCAGACCAGCCUACAACUGUCCCAGGUCCACUGCAAAAACAACAACACACAUGCUAAUACCCAUUACAACAACCACAGCCACAGCAAAGCCACAGACAAGUCUUGAGACAGAAGCAGGGCCAGGGACAAGGGACAGGGGUGGUUGAGGUAGAAGUUGCCUCCAACCACAGAUCUACAAUCAGACUGUCCUCCUCAAAUCCUAACCACUGAGGGAAGAAAUGCAAAACCAGACCUUGGACCGCAGGAAGUCAAAAACAGGCCAGGAAGUCGCCGUGACACUGCCAGGCAACUGGAGAUGAUGCGUGUGUUCGCCCUGAUACGACUCUUUGAUUGACUUACCCUUGUUUUUUCCCCUCUUCCUGCCAAGUUUAGGGGCCUGAGUUGAAGACCGGUCAUCUCGGUUCUCUUUCUAACCUGCUACAGAAUUUAAACAAACCUGUAAACAAAGACUGACCGUGUAAACACAGACUGGCCGUGUAGACAAAGACUGGCCGUGUAAACACAGACUGGCCGUGUAAACAAAGACUGACCGUGUAAACACAGACUGGCCGUGUAAACACAGACUGGCCGUGUAAACAAAGACUGGCCGUGUAAACAAAGACUGGCCGUGUAAACAAAGACUGGUCGUGUAAACACAGACUGGUCGUGUAAACACAGACUGACCGUGUAAACACAGACUGACCGUGUAAACAAAGACUGACCGUGUAAACAAAGACUGACCGUGUAAACAAAGACUGACCGUGUAAACACAGACUGGCUGUGUAGACAAAGACUGACCUGGUAAACAAAGGGAAAAUAUGUGGUGGAUUUUAACUCACAUGAAAUGGUACAUAUUACUCAUUUUCAUGGUACUAAAAGAUGAGUGUGUUUUAGUUAAUAGAGAAGAGAUUUAGUUUCCCUCAGAUCUGAAAGUAUUGUAAGGACACAAAAUACCCCCCCCCCCGACCUAAGUAACAGUUCCGUUGUAUAGUUGCCUAACACGAUGCCUUAAACAGAGCUGUGAUUUGCUUUUGGCACGGCUCAGUCUUAAAAUGUCUAAUAUAUAUUUAUAGCUGUUACUUCUGGAAAUGUUUGAUCUGCUUAGAUCCACUGUCACAUGUCAUGAAUGUGGAAAAAUGGACAGCUUUUUCACUGCACGUAAAGAUAGUCAAGGUAGUUUAAUAUAUGUUGCUCCGUUUUGUCUAUUUAGAGAUGUAUGUUUCUCAGGAUGCUCCUGUUAGUCAGGACAUAAAGGAGAAGAGGAGCUGUGUAAACCGAUGAUAGGAAUGAAUAGACAAUCCCUCUUUCUCUCUCUUUCUCUCUCUCCGUCUCUCUCUCUCUCUCUGUCUGUUUUCCUCACUCUCUCGGUCUCUCGCUCUCUGUCUGUUUCUCUCAUCUCUCUCUCUCUGUUUCUCUCCAUCUCUCUCUCUCUCUGUUUCUCUCCAUCUCUCUCUCUCUGUUUCUCUCCUUCUCUCCACUUCUUCCUGCUCGCCUUCAUUCACCUUUCCUUGUUCACCAUCUUAUAACAUCUCUUUCCAUCCUCCUCUCUUCCAUCCUUCCCCCUGGUUUUUGGUGCUGACAGCUAAAAUGGAGGCUGACAGCUAAAAUGGAGGCUGACAGCUAAAAUGGAGGCUGACAGCUAAAAUGGAGGCUGACAGCUAAAAUGGAGGCUGACAGCUAAAAUGGAGGCCAGUAGAGUUGAGUGCUUUAGGUGGAGUGGGAUUUCACAAACUAAAAUCGUUGCUAUGUGCGCACACCAAAUGAAAUGCAAGCUUUCUCCUAAACACUGAGGUGCCGCUUUCACACUGUGUUUUACCAGAAGGCUUGAGAUGAUUGUAGAAGGAUAACGAAGCAAUACGGCUCUCUUCAGAGAGUAUGGACAGAUGUCUGAAGUGAUUUUUAAAAGAAUCUCCCAUGGAGAGAAUGCAAGCCCUUUGGGUAAUGUCCAGAGAUUGUGACCACUCACUAUAUUACCACUAUAGUACCUACAGACAGAAGAAAGUAUUGCCCAGUGCUUGUUUGUGGUUAUGUUAUGAUGAUGAGUUUAGCCAGUUUUCUCUAGUGCUGUUGGGUGUGCCAAUUUAGCGGUAUCUCCCUCCCUGACUGCCGGGCUGUGCUAACGAUGAGGUUGUAAAGUGUUCGCCGUGGUUCUGAGAAGUCCCUCGUCUCCGCUAUUAAUUUGGAUUUGAAAGGGCCUGUGUACAAUUUGUUGGCCUGUUUUAUUUCACUCCCCAAAAUAUUACCUAUUUGGACAGUUUUGAAGUUUGAAAGCUGUCAAUAUACUAUGCAACAAACAAAAAACAUUUAAAGUUGAAUAGAUUUUUACUUUACCACUAUUCAUGAAUUGUAAUCAGAUCAGGUAAUUGAUAAUCCUAUUUGUAAAUCCAUUGAUUAACUGAUGGUUUCAUUAGAUUGUCUGUCAUUUGGCCAAAAUGUGGGUUUGUGUGCAAGAAUGAAGGGUGUGCCUUACAGUAUAUGAGUAAUACUCAGUGUGGUCAACACAAGGUGUUAGGGAGCAAAUGCCAUUGCUAAUGUGUCUUUAAGCUGCUAUAUGUAACUUUUUGGAUGACCUCACAAAAUUCAGAGUUAUAGAUCUGUCGUUCUCAUUGAAAACCAGUCUUAGAAGCGAAGCGGUAGAUCUGUUCUAUGUGCUCUAUUUCUAUGCUUAGUUUAUGGGUCUUUUACUUUUCGAUUUUGUACACCAGCUUCAAACAGCUGAAAAUAAAAAAUGUUGGUUAUUGAAAAGAUAUUUCACAGCAGUUUAGAUGGUAUGAUGAUUGUCUAUACAAUACUUGGUUGUUUUGUCGUGAACUGUUAGAAUUUUAGGAACCAGGAAAUGGAGGAAUGAUUUCCGCGUAGUGGAUCUUUUAAAAGAGGUCAAGUCCUCUCAACAUUUCAAUAGCUGUUGUCUGCAGUGUUUCUGCAUGUAAAACCACUGGCCCACUCGGUGAUGAGACUCAGAGAUUAAACCACAUCCUUAAAUGAAUGUUGUCAGUUCUUUAACCUAUGAAACAUAGAGUCUAGUAGAUCAAAUAGGUUGAACUGUCAUUCUAUCUCUGUUUUCCAUGUUUAUAAUCAAGCUUAGCUUACUGUGUGUGCUGGUAGUGUUUUUCUCUUUGCUAGUAUUUCAAUUAUCUUUCUGACUCAUAAAAUAGAGAAUGAUCUUUCUGACUCACAAAAUAGAGAAUGAUCUUUCUGACUCACAAAAUAGAGAAUGAUCUUUCUGACUCACAAAAUAGAGAAUGAUCUUUCUGACUCACAAAAUAGAGAAUGAUCUUUCUGACUCACAAAAUAGAGAAUGAUCUUUCUGACUCACAAAAUAGAGAAUGAUCUUUCUGACUCACAAAAUAGAGAAUGAUCUUUCUGACUCACAAAAUAGAGAAUGAUCUUUCUAUUUCUUUGUUGGAAGAUGUUGUCUAUUUCAAGCUUUGUUUCAGAAUGAUGAAAUAUUAUUUUCCUGAUUACAGUAUUUUAAAAGGAGUCUGAUAAUAUAUAGUAUAUUGUAUCAUGAUUCACAGAACAAACACCUAAAAUGUUAUUGUUGUUAGAUCUUAUUAUGAGGAAAAGAGGCAUUUUUGUAUCAUUUAAAACAAGGUGUUAAAAACUCAAACAAUUUUCCAUCCAGUCACUCACUAAAGCAUGUUACAGUAUUUCAGUUCAUGAGGUGGCAGAAAUUCUUGCAAUUAAUUGACUUUAUUUUUCAGUUUUUUGUCAUACAUGUAUAUAUGAAUGAUGUCUUUUUAAAUUCAAAAUGUUUUAGUUUUUUUCCUUCAAAAUAUUACCCGAGCUAAUUACUCUUAUUUAGUUGUUGAAUGGUUCUUUUCUUCUUCUUUUUGUUUGUUAAUCAAAUGGAGAGAAAGAAAGAUGGUGUCAUGUCCUGUAGUAUUGUCCAAUAUCCUUGCCUUGCAAACAUGGUGUUGAAAUACUGUACUUAGUAGUUAUUUUAUUAUCAAACUGAAUUUAUUUCUCAUGUACUACAUGACUACUGUAUUUAACUGCUGUGGAUUGUGAUUGGUUUACUUGAGCAAUGUCUUCCUAACACAGUCGGCAAGGAAUCCUGUGUGGCUGAUUAUCAGUGUACUGAACAGCUGGUAUUUGUAUGACUGAAUGUCUGGUUACUGUCUCACUACUUACAUGCUGAUGCAGAAGAAAACAGGAUAAAAGCUGACAGCUUCUAUUCUCUUAUGAUUACAUUUCCCUUUUUCCUAAUACCCAUGUGAUAUUAAAGAUCAAAACCACUGAUUGUCAAGAAAACUAACGGUGGCAUAUCGCUUGUCUUGUAAAACAUCCAUUUAGUGACUGACAGUACUGAGAGGGACACAGUUCAUUCAUUCACCUUGUUCACUGGUCCCUAGACAUGGUACUGUAAUGAUUUGAAUAUGCCGUGUACAACCUACUGAAGUCCAGUGUGUACAAACUUACUUGACAUGGUACUUGUAACUUACUUGUAUGUUCUCAAUGCAGAGAAGAAAAGAACAUAUAGGUGAAUGUAACAUGCUGUGGACUGAGUGUCCACUGUGAACUUAAACAUUCAUUAUGUUCAUGUAUAUGCAACAUUUCCCUGUAUUACAUUUUCAAGUCUAUCUCAAUAAAUAAUAAUACGA